AGAAAGGUAGUUGGUGCACAUAUUUUUUUGGUCACUUUUCAGCACACCUGUAGUUCGCCGCAGAUAUCAUCCAUCCAAAUAUAGCACUGCCAAUGUUUGACAAAUCCCGGUAGGGGAGAGGCGCUGGGCUCUGAAGCGGAUGGUCUGGCAUUUUAUGAAGCCCUUGACGACGGUACGCUUAUCGUGAGAGCGCUCUCACGGAAACUCCGUAACAUUUUUUGACCUCAGUGACAAUGCAUUCUUUAAGAAACUUUUUCUGUGGCCAGUGGUCCUCCACUGCCAGACUAGAUGAGAAAACAGUGAUCAUAACUGGAGCUAACACUGGCAUAGGGAAGGAGACCGCAAGAGACCUGGCAAAGAGAGGUGCCCGCAUCAUCAUGGCCUGCAGAGAUUUGGAGCGAGGAGAGGAGGCCAGGGAGGACAUCAUGGAGGACUCGGGGAACCAGAAUGUGGUGUUGAAGAAGCUAGAUCUGUCUAGCACCAAGUCCAUACGGGACUUUGCAGAGUUGAUUAACAAAGAGGAGAAGCGGCUGGAUAUUCUUAUCAACAACGCCGGGGUAAUGCUGUGUCCAUACUCCAAAACUGUUGAUGGAUUUGAGAUGCAGAUUGGCGUGAACCACCUCGGUCACUUCCUGCUCACGUUCCUGCUGCUGGACCUGAUCAAGCGGUCGACUCCCGCCAGGAUCGUCAACGUGGCGUCGGUGGCCCACACGUGGGGCGGCAUUCAGCUGGACGACAUCAACAGCGAGAAGAGCUACAACGCGCGCAGGGCCUACGGCCAGAGCAAGCUGGCCAACAUCCUCUGCACCCGCUCCCUGGCCAGGAGACUGCAGGGCAGUGGCGUGACGGUGUACGCGCUCCACCCGGGGGUGGUGCAGACGGAGCUGUGGAGGCACGUCAGCUCGGUGGUGCAGGUGGCCGUCAGGGUGUUCACCUGCUGCACCAAGACCUCCGUCCAGGGAGCGCAGACCUCCAUCUACUGCGCCGUAGAGCCAGCCCUGGAGAAGGAGAGCGGACAGUAUUACAGUGACUGUGCUCCAGCGAGCUGCUCGAGAGAGGCUAGAGAUGAUGACAUGGCCGAGAAGCUGUGGCAGCUGAGCACUCAGAUGCUUGGAAUUCAGUGGGAUUAGCGGCCGAGGACGGAGAUGCUCUUAACAAACAAACCUGGACACGGAGACUAACUUCCCUGACACGCUGAGUGACAAGAUCGAUGGUAGAUCAUUAUCAGUGAAAUACACAUAAAGGCAUUUAUUUUUUAGAAUAAUUUGAACACUCACACAUUUCAGAGACAUGACUAUUUUUAUAUCAUCUUAAGCACAGGCAACAUAGUGUUUCUGAAGUAUCACAGUCUAGAAAACAGAAAUGUGUUCCUGUCGGUUUUUAAUAAUGUUGUUUUCGUCUGUAUACAUGUUUGGCAUCAUGUCUAUAUUUAAACUUGUUGGGUAUCAUUAAAAAGAUAGAU